GGGCAACCAGGCAAGGACGAGGCUGCUGCGUCAUCGCGGACGCAAACCCACAUAUAUUGCCCUCGCGAUGCGACACCUGCAGCAUUUCAUCUCAGAUACCGCAACGAACAUCCUAGCACUUCCUUCCUCUUUGCACACCCUCUUCUCUCCUCUUUCGACCACCACUCAAAAUGGCUCUCGGCGGUGCGGCUCUCAAGCUGUUCCAAACCAUCCUUUAUGCCAUCGAAUUCUGCUGUGCGGCCAUAAUACUUGGCAUCUACAGUUACUUCCUUGCGACCCUCGCUGACCGCGACCUCACUAUCUACACAUGGGCCAAGGCUGUUGAGGGCAUGUCAGGCGCUGCAGUCCUGUACACUAUCUUCGCUGUCCUCCUUACAUGCUUCUUGGGCGGAAAGUCAUUCUUCGCCCUGAUCGCCAUCCUCCUCGACCUCGCAUUCUGCGGCGCCUUCAUUGCCAUCGCCGUCCUCACCCGCGAUGGUGCGCACAGCUGCAGCGGCUUCGUCAGGACCCCGCUUGGAGAUGGUCAGUCCAACGACAAGCAGGGCUUCGACGACUCCAACGGCAAGCAGCAGUACACAUACGCUGUGUCGCUAGGCACCGCCUGCAGACUCAAUACUGCCUGUUUUGCGGUCGCCAUUGCUGGAGCUCUCCUCUUCCUCAUCUCUGCUCUUGUCCAGAUCGCUCUUGCGCGCCACCACAAGAAGGAAAAGCGCUUCGGUCCCAGCCCCGCCAACAACUACACCAGCGGUCGCGGCCGUGGUGGCUUCUUCGGCCGCCGUAAGAACAAGACCACUGGCCUCCGCGACCCUGAAGUUGCUGCUGGUACUGGUACCCUCGCCGCUGGGCCUGCCCAUGAUGUUCGUCCCUCGCACGAUACCGCCUACACUGGCUCGACUGUCGCUGGAGCCGGACCCUAUGAGCACAACAAGCCUCUCACUGGUGGAUACCACACCGCUCCUGUUACCUACCCGAACCAUACCCCUGCCCCUGCAACCAACUACUAGAAGUAGGAUCCUUGGUGCUAUUGGAAUGUCUCGUUGAGUAUAGCCAUACAAGUGGCUUGGAUAGCCAUAUGAGUGGCUCGGAUCUUUUCCUUCUAAUGAAUGAUUAUUGAUAGCGUUUGAUACCAGAACACGAAGCACGAGAUUGGAACAGUGCUUGCUGGGG